AUGAGAUCUGUUCCCGGCUUAUGUUCUGAUGGUAAUCUUAACGAUUCAAUCUUACCGAUCUUUAAGGUAACCUUAACGAUUCAAUCUUACCGAUCUUUAAGAGACUAUGAUCUUUUAAGUGUUACAAUACCAUCAGAACAUAAGCCGGGAACAGAUCUCAUGUCAAAAGCAAUACUUCAAGACAAGCGUGUAAUAAACCUCAUUGUUUCAAGAGUUAUUGGUGACCACGCUAAAGACCAAUAUGCAUCGCAUAGCGGUGAGUGGGUAGACGGUUGUCGCUUAGAUGUUCUCUAUGUACCAAUCAUGACCGCUGUCCAAAUUAUCUUCCACCCAUAA